CCCCAAAUCAAGAGUUGUAGCCCUCGCAGAUUUCACGCCGCCCGGAGAAGACAGCCGAGGACGCACGGCCUCACAGACGCCGUCGUCUAUCUCAUCUCUGUGUAGAUUUCACAGCACAACAGACUCAAUUUGGUGUUUUAUUAAUUGUUUCAAAGCUUCUCUUACUCGUCCAUCAAUUCAGCCAAUAGGCAUAUUUCCCAUUUCCCAUUCUUGUAUAUAGGCACAUAACGGCCCCUUUAUAGAUUUACAGAUAGAUUAUGUAUUUACCCCUUGCAAAUUGCAAAUUGACAUGAUAUUCUAUUAAGUAUAGUUUUUAACACAAAAAGGCUGCUUUAUUUAAGCGGAAUUCUCAAUCCACACCGACGGCUAACGUCCGAGCUCCGAUAAAAUAUUAAUGGCAGCUAUGGAGGCAGCAGCGGUGGCAGCAGGCCAAGACCAGCAACCGCCGGCGAAGGUUGUGGAGCGGCUGAACCCGGCGCUUCAGCAGCAGCUCAAUCUCGACUCUGUAAAAACUCGCGCUAUCAGCCUGUUCAAAGCCAUCUCUCGCAUCCUCGAAGAAUUGGAUGCUAUAGCGCGCGCGAAUGCCACCCCUAAAUGGCAAGAUGUUUUGGGGCAGUUCUCGAUGGUGAAUUUGGAGCUAUAUAAUAUUGUUGAAGAUAUUAAGAAUGUGUCCAAGGCUUUCGUUGUGCAUCCUAAGAAUGUUAAUGCUGAGAAUGCUACUAUUUUGCCUGUUAUGCUGUCAUCUAAGCUUUUGCCCGAAAUGGAGACGGAAGACAACACUAAGAGAGAACAGCUGUUACACGGUAUGCAGGGCCUGCCAGUGGCGGCACAAAUUGACAAGCUCAAGACUAGAAUUGAUAUGAUAGGAGCAGCCUGUGAAAGUGCUGAGAAGAUCAUAGCUGAUGCACGUAAGUCCUACUUUAGCACUCGACAUGGGACAAAUCUUCUUCCAACUAUUGACAAGGUUCAAGCUACAAAAAUACAAGAACAAGAAAAUUUGCUUCGUAGUGCUGUCAAUCAUGGUGAAGGAUUACGAGUACCUGGAGACCAAAGACAAGUGGCAUCGUCACUUCCGAUGCACUUGGUAGAUGUACUUGCUACUAAUGACAGCCUCCAGGAUUCAUCUGGGUUGUACCAGAAGAGUACGCCUCCACUCAUGUCAACUACUGCCAUUAACAAUCAGGGCUCUUUGCUACAGGCUUCUGGUGCACAACUUAUUGGAAGACCAGCAGCUUCCCCUUCUGGUCCUACUGGAAGCAAUUCCUUUGAUAAUAAUACAACAGCGUCUCCUAUGCAAUAUGCCAAUUCACCCAGAUCUGGUGCAAAUAUUAUGAACACUCCAUCUCCUCAGCAACAACAAUCACAACAACAACAACAACAACUGCAACAGAGGCAGAAAAUGUUGCAGCAACAACUUCUGAGUCAACAGCAGCUAAGACCUUCAUCAAUGCCUGUCCUUGGUCAGAAUCAACUAACGCAGCUGCAUGAGAUGCCAAGCCAGUCACAACAAAAGUUUCAGUCGCAGAUGCAUGGUCAACAUCAUGUGCAGUUCUCUCAGCCAUUGGGAGCCCAGCAAUUGCAGAGUAGACAGCUUACAUCAGCUGCAAUGCAGCAUAUGAGCCCAAACCAAAUGAACCAAGGGAAUCAGCUGAAUCGUCAGUUAAAUCAGUUCUCUAGCCCAGCAAAUAGUGCCCUCUUUAAUGCAGCCCAGGCGACACCUACAUCUCAAAUGAUCCCUAACAUGUCAGCUAUGAUGCCAUCACAAUCAGUUAUGCCAAGAAUGCAGUAUGCAAUGUCCGGUGCCAAUCGAACUCUACCUCCCCAAAAUCUGAGCGACCAGAUGUUCAACAUGGGGGCAGCCAACACAGGCGGUGGUAUGAUGCAGAUUCAGCAACAGCAGCAACACGGCGCGCAAGGAGCAUUUGGCAACAUGCAGCAAAGUAGUCAGAAUAUGCAACCGGGCAUGAUGACGAUGCAAAACACCCAACAGAAUCAUCCCAACUUUCAGCAGCAGAGACCUCAAAAUCAACAAUGAAACAUUUUACUACUUACCUCGACUUGUGUCUGUAGAGUUUAUAUUGCUAGGUAAUGAGUCUGAGUGCAUCUAUGUUGGCGUCAUGCUGCAAAGAUUUUUGCAGUGGCGUUGUGCUGCUAGUUGAACCAGGCAUACUUCAAAUGCUAAUAUAUGCAGAACAUAGUUAAUGCUAAA